CCGGACAACUCGGCAAAAAAUUUAUGGUCUUUCCCGGUGUACCUUAUCCUUAAUGAAAGAAGGUCUGGCAUCACAGAGACCCUUCGGCGCAGCUCUUUUGGCCAUCAUUCAAAGACUGGUACCGCUCUUCUUCUCUGCCACUCUUGCCUUCCAAGCCAGCCCCAGGAAGAUAUCAUUAUCGAUAGUUAUCAGCCCUCUUUGGUUGUUUGGUUGUAACAAAGCUAUUAGAAAAGAAAUAUAACAAUGGCGGAAUCAAUGCUCACUGGCUGUGCCGACAAUUGUGGCUGGGCAGCGGCUAUCCUGUGCGUCCUGGCGUUUGGUUCCUUCGGUGUACCAGUCAAGACAUCUGUCAAGGUCGAAGUGGAUCCGUUCAUCUUGCAAUCUUACAAAACUAUGGUCUGUUUUGUGACCAGUUUCCUAGUGAUAUUCCUCGGCGAAGAAAUAAGAUGGUCAAAUUGGGGCUUGGCUUCUGGAAUAUUCUGGGUACCAGGGGCAUGUGCUGGAAUUUAUGGUAUCCGCAAUGCUGGCAUGGCCAUUGCAGUGGGUACAUGGUCUUCCAUUAUCGUUUUGACCAGUUUUAUCUUUGGCAUUGUCGUGUUUCAAGAAAAAGUCAAGAACUUUUACUACACAUGCUACUCAUUCUUAAUUCUGAUCGUUGGACUCGUUGGAAUGGCCAAGUAUGCGGCAGCACCGGAUGAUUCUGAACCCAAGAAACUGGUACAAUCGCCAAGACCCACUGCACCCACAAAGUCAGAAGAAUACUCGUCACCAAAGCCCAAAACACCCGUGGAGAAAGGUGUGUCCAAUCUACAGCCCAUGGAGAUCGAACCCCUGUUAGAAGAAGGGAAGAAUCCAGAUCAAUCAACUAAUGGUGACUUUGCUGAGAUGGAUGAUGAUUCCAGCGCCAAAUUGACUGGAAGCAAAGAUCGCAUCAUUUUUUGGGGUGGCAGAAUGGCCCUGACACGACAUCAGACGGGUGUAAUUGGCGCCGUCAUCAAUGGUGCUUGGGGUGGUCUCAACCUUAUUCCGCUUCACUAUGCACGGCGAGACCAUGGUCUGUCUGGUGCCGCAUUCUUGGUCAGCUUUGCCACUGGAUCGUUGGUGGUCAAUACUGUUCUCUGGAUUCUAUUGAUUGGAUAUCAGUGGCACCAAAAGAAAGGAAACUGGGAGGAAGUGAAACAAGCGCUCCCAAAGUUUUAUUUUGAGCAUUUGUGGAAGGCUGGCUUGGCGGCAGGGUUGCUUUAUAGCCUUGGAAAUUUUAGUGCAAUGUUGGCGGUGGAAUACCUUGGUCAAGGAGUUGGCUUUAGUUUUUGUCAGUUGCAACUGUUGGUGAGUGGCUUGUGGGGAGUAUUCUACUUCAAAGAGAUUCGUGGUCAAGAGAGGAUAGCAAAGUGGUUCAUGUCAGCCGCGGUGGCGGUGCUUGGAAUCAUAUGUUUAUCCUAUCAACAUGAGGGCGGCAGCGUCCACAGGAGGCUACUGGAUAUGGUCAUGGAACAACCGCAGCUACUAUGGUAGCCGCUUCCAAGGCUAUGGCUAGGCUAAGGAGAUUUGCUCUGUUGUAUUGUGCCUACAGUGUUGGCCAGCAACAACAUUCCCUGUAUGGUGCCAUACAAAAAGCCACCUCGAUGCAGCAGCUAAUGCUUGUUGUCAGGAAAAUGGGACAUACUCCCCGCUACUAUGAAUCGAAUCAUAGACACAACGAGAUCGUUCAGAUACAGAUAGCUUCGGUUGUCUUUUGGUCGAUUGAAUGGUUUAGGACAUAAAGUGAAGUGGCGUUGCUGCCGCAUUACUGAAUAGAUAAUCAUGAUAAGAUGCCUUGCUUCUAGCUAGCUAGCUAGUAGCUGAAGGGAAUCUUAGCUUGCCGUCAUUGGAGCUAGCUGGCUACUAGUAGAGUAGCUGAUUGAAAAGACCAUAGAGCUUUUCGUC